AUGGAUUCUGAAGAAGCUGGUACGUCGUCCUCAAACUCAAUGGAUCAUCAGUUACGUCCUCAAGCCAAGAAAAUGCUGGAAUCUCCUGAUCUUGCUUCCAUCGAAACACUAGUUCUUCGUCUUACAUCGGAGCAAGAUUCAGAGGCAUCUCACGCAAAUACCCUCAUGGAAUUUUGCAAGAGAGACUACCCAAACGCACUCUCUCUCAAGCUCUCUCACCUCCUGCAACGAUACCCCAGCCUUCCGACCCGAACCCGCUCUGCACAUAUUCUUCUAUCGAUCAUUUCUAAGCAGGAAUCGAAUCUUUCUGAGUGCAUCUCUCCAAUGAUCCAAACAGAGCUCAAAACCCCUUUUCUUGCUUGUCUUCGCCAAGAAGAAUCAAAGACCAUCUUAAAGUGCCUAUGCACUAUAGUGACUAAAAUGGUCUUAGGGAUAUUGUCAGCUGGUGGAGAGUGGCCAGAGCUUUUAAAUUUUGUGGUGGAAUUUGUGAACUCAGAUUCCGAAAGGCUUCAAGAAUGUGCUCUCUUGGUGUUUGCACAAUUGCCGAGGUCUCUUUGCAAGAGCAUUGUUCCUCACUUCAAUAUACUUUACAAGGCAUUCUUGCAUUGUUUGGCAUCACUUAAUUUUAGUGUUCGGGUCUCAGCAUUUCAAGCUGUGGUUUGUUUAGUUGAGCAACUAUCAGGCUCUUGUUACCACAAUCAAUUGGAUGAACUUCUGGCGGGGAUGAUAAGAUCAGCUCUGCAAUUGUUUAAUCAGGGUCAAAAACUUUUUGCACGGAGGGCUCUUAAUGAGUUAAUUUUGUUGGCAAAAACUAAGUCGAAAAUUUUUUCUUCACACAUCAAUUUUGUGGUAGAAUCAAUGCUUUGCAUUGCCGAGAAAUCUUCAGUGGGUCAUGAUAUGUGGCUUGCUGCUCUUGAGGUUAUUACUCCACUCAUUGAAGCUGAUAUGCUGCAAGAGCUGCCAGGUGAUAUUGCUGGAAGACUGGUGUCAGCCUUGAUUCAGAUGCUUUCAUGUAUUGAGGAUGUGCCUACAUGGCACAGUGCAGAUAUUCUAGAAUUAGAGAAGAGUGCAGGGGAAUCCAAGACUUAUGAUCUUGGAUUGAGCCUGUUGGAUGCGCUUUCUUUUACCUCGCAGGAAGAUAUUGCUGUGACUGCUUUUCUUGGGCUGUUACCAGCAUACAUGGCUGCUCCGGAAUGGCAGAAGCGUCAUGCAGGACUUAUUACCCUCACCAUACUUGCAAGGCCAAAUGCAAUGAUUAAUAAGAUAGAGCAAAUCUUGACAACAGUUUUGAACUCAUUCCAAGAUCCCCACCCACGAGUUCGCUGGGCAGCUAUUAAUGCAAUUAAGCAGAUAAUGACAGAAUUAGGCCCAGAUUUGCAGGUUCAAUAUCAUCAUAAGAUUUUUCCGGCACUAGCUGCAGCCAUUGAUGAUUUUCAGAAUCCUCGUGUUCAGGAGCGUGCAACUUGGGCGAUGCUUUCCUCCUGCAAAAAUUGCAGUCCUGAUAUCCUUACUCCUUAUAUGGAUAACAUUGUGAGCAAACUGCUCAUACUCCUGCAGAAUGAGAAGCAAAUGCUGCAGGUUGGGGCAUUGGCCACUCUAGCAUCAGUUGCAAGUUUGUCAGAGGACGUCUUUCAAAAAUACUAUGAUACUAUUAUGCCUUGCCUGAAAGAUAUCUUAUUCAAAACAACCGAGAUCUCUAAGUGCAUAGUUCGUGCCAGAUCUGUAGAAUGCAUUACAUCAGUUGCAAUGUCUGUGGGAAAGGAAAAAUUUAGUAGUGAUUCUGGAAUGGUCAUGGAAGUUCUUAUGUCACUUCAAGAUUCUCAGAUGAUAGAAGGCCCAUUUGCAAGUUAUCUCUUGGAAGCAUGGAUUAGACUUUGCAAAUGUUUAGGUUCAGAAUUCGUCCAGUAUCUGGAGCGCUUGAUGCCUGUUUUGCUUCGGUUUGCUCAAUUUGAUCCGCAUGCCAAAGAACUAGAGAAUCAAAGUAGUCCAACCUCAGAUGAAGGGUUUGAAGGGAUGGAGUUUACAUCUGAUACCCUGAAUGAGAAAGCUAUAGCUUGUAAUGUGCUAUGUUGUUGUGCUGGAGAGUUGAAGGAAGAUUUUUUUCCAUGGAUUAAUCCGGUUGUUGAUACUUUGGUUCCUCUUCUCAAUUUCUAUGAACAUUAUGAAACUAGAAUGGCUGCUGUUUCAGCCAUGCCAGAGCUAUUGCUUUCAGCCAAACUAGCUGUUGUGAAAGGAAGAGCUCAAGGACGUAAUAUGUCUUAUGUUCAGAAAUUGGUUAUAAACAUAGUACCAGCAUUGCUGGAAGCUUUACAUAAGGAACCUAAGAGAGAUGUUUAUGCUAUAAUAUUGAAGUCUUUGAGUAGAUGCAUAGAGGUGUCUGGAUUUCUUUUUACUAAAUCGCAGCAGAGGCUGAUUGUUGUUGAGAGUACACUGGCACUGAAAUCUGUUUCAUGUCGAAAACUAGAAACAGUUGAAAGAUCUGGGAAAAAGAAAUUAUAUUCAGAAGAGAAAGAAAAGGAACUUAAGCAGAAGGAGGAAAUCCUCAAUCAACUAGGUGACUGCUUGGGCACUUGCAUUACAACAUUCCAGGAUAAAUUUUUGCCUUUCAUUGACGAACUUUUUACAGAUUUAGUUGUGCUGUUGGAUGAUGAUAAGACGGUCAAAGAGAGACUAAUCGCCUUUUGCGUCAUUAAUGGUAUUCUGCAUCAAUAUCAAGGAGCUGCCCAUAAGUAUUAUGAUAUAUAUCUUCCAUUCCUAUUCAAAGCUUGUGAUGAUGAGAACCAAGAUGUUCGACAGGAAGCUGCACAUGGAAUUGGUAUAUGUGCAGAGUUUGGUGGACCUAUGUUCAAACCUUCUGUCCCAGUUGCUGUUUCCAGUCUAAAUUCUGUAAUUGGACGUUCAAAUUUAGCAAAUUCAGAUUACACAAAGGGAUAUGAUACUGCUGUUGCAGCUUUUGGAAAAAUAUGUGAGUUCCAUCAUGAGUGUAUCAAUGCAGACCAGAGUUUCUUCCUUCUUCCUUCCUUUCUCUCUCUAGAAUUAGGGUUUACAGCAGAAGUUUAUUAUAUCUUGCGUUCUUGCUGCUCUGCAUGGCUGGAAAUGGGUCUGGACAGCAGCUACAUGCGGCCAGUUGCCUGCCAAUGCUACCAGCUACUGUCAGGAGCCUUCUGCUGGUCUGCACUGCUGCCAGCUGCCACACCUGCCAGUGACUUUGGGGCAGUGACGAUGGGCAAUGGUGGCUUGGCCAAAUUCGUUGGUAUUGGAGAUGUGUGCUUAGAGAUGAGUAAGGGCACAAAGUUAGUUUUUAGAGAUGUGAAGCAUUUUCCUAACAUCCGUUUGAAUUUGAUUUCUGCAAAACUCUCCAAAGACAUUAUUAAUGCAAUGGAUGAUGAGGUUUUAGUAGAGUUGUGGCAUAAGAGACUUUUCCACAUGAGUGAGAAAAUCUUGGCAAUAUUGGUUAAGAAGAAUCUUCUAUUUGGGAUGAAGAGUGCAACUUUGAAAAAGUGCACACAUUGUUUGGCAGUGAAGCAAAACAGAGUCUCCUUCAAGAGUUCCCCUUCCAAAAGAAAGCCCAGUAUACAUUUGGAUGUCUAUGGCCCUAUGAAGACUAGAACACUUGGUGGCUACCUUUACUUUGUGACCUUCAUAAAUGAUCAUUCAAGGAAAUUAUGGGUUUAUACCUUGAAAAUAAAAGAUCAGGUUGAUGUACAAGAAAUGGUUUGGACUAGAAAAAAUGUUUCUUAUGAUCAUUUGCGUGUCUUUGGAUGUAAAGCAUUUGUGCAUAUUCCCAAAGAUGAGAGGUCUAAGCCAGAUGUUAAGACUCAACAGUGUAUCUUCCUAGGCUAUGGCCUAGAUGUGUUUGGCUACAGGUUGUAUGAUCCAGUUGAGAAGAAACUUUUGCAAGUACCAAAGAUACCACCAGAUGUUCCACUCAGGAGGUUUAUUAGAGACCAAAAUCCUUCCACUCGGUAUUCUGUAGAUGAAUUCAUGUUACUAACUGAGGGGGGAGAGCUCGAGUGUUAUGUAGAAGCUGUGGAAGAUGAACAUAAGUCAAACUGGGUUGAUGCUAUGCAGGAUGAGAUGUGGUCAUUGUAUGAAAAUCACACUAUUGAGUUGGUGAAGUUGCCUAAGGGCAAGAGAGCUUUGACAAACAGGUGGAUUUACAAGGCAAAACAACAAAAACACACUUCCUAA